GGAAUGGUUGCAGGAAGUUCAGGGCGGGAAUAUCAUUUCAAGCACACUGCGCUGCCAUAUGCUCGAACUCGUCGCAGCUUGCCACAUACAAGAGUUUUGAAAAAAGAAUCUCUGGUUAGCAUUGCUGUACAACAGGUUGGAUUUAAACGUGUCAAGCGUGGACUACGGGCAGCUAUUCCUGCUGUUUUCAUCCCAGAUAAAUCUGAUCCAAAUUUCGGUAAAGCCCCUUCUGAUCCGUAUUUUCCGUUGCAAUGGUAUCUUAGAAAUACUGGUCAAAACGGAGGAAAACCUCGUCUAGAUCUUAAUGUUCAGGCGGCUUGGGAUCAAGGUAUUACAGGGAAAAAUAUUACUACAGCAAUUAUGGAUGAUGGAGUUGAUUAUAUGCAUCCGGACUUGAGGUUCAACUAUAACGCCGAAGCAAGCUAUGACUUCAGCAGCAAUGAUCCGUAUCCUUAUCCUAGAUACACCGACGACUGGUUUAAUAGUCACGGUACCCGUUGUGCAGGAGAAGUUGCCGCUGCGCGAGACAAUGGAGUUUGUGGUGUCGGAGUAGCAUAUGACUCGAUGAUUGCUGGUAUUCGAAUGUUAGAUCAACCCUACAUGACAGAUUUGAUUGAAGCUAACUCUAUGGGCCAUGAACCACACAAGAUCCAUAUUUAUAGCGCUUCCUGGGGUCCCACGGAUGAUGGUAAAACUGUGGAUGGUCCACGUAAUGCAACCAUGCGUGCAAUUGUCCAAGGAGUCAACGAAGGUCGCAACGGUCUGGGUAACAUCUAUGUUUGGGCUUCUGGAGACGGCGGUGAAGAAGAUGACUGUAAUUGUGAUGGAUAUGCUGCUUCCAUGUGGACGAUAUCUAUUAAUAGUGCAAUCAACGAUGGUCAAAAUGCUCACUACGAUGAAAGUUGUAGCUCUACCCUGGCCAGCACCUUUAGUAAUGGUGCAAAGGAUCCUAACACUGGAGUGGCAACAACUGACCUUUACGGAAAAUGUACUACAACUCACUCGGGUACAAGUGCAGCUGCUCCGGAAGCAGCAGGAGUAUUUGCUCUUGCUUUGGAAGCGAACCCAUUUCUGACAUGGCGUGAUAUACAGCAUCUCACGGUGAUGACAUCGAAGCGAAAUUCACUAUUUGAUGCAAAGAAUCGUUUUCAUUGGACAAUGAAUGGUGUUGGUUUGGAGUUCAAUCAUUUAUUUGGAUUUGGUGUUCUGGAUGCUGGUGCAAUGGUCGCUCUAGCGAAGAAAUGGCUCACAGUUCCACCACGAUAUCAUUGUGAAGCAGGAUCCAUUCUAGAAAUACAGUAUGUAGACCACAAGCCGGUGCGUUACGAUCCCAAACCCACAUUUAGGGAGACAAAACGACAAGAUUUUCUUCCUAGUGAGAAAUAUUGGUGCUUAGCCAAUUUUUCUCCUUAGGAUGAAAUAUAGCAUAGAGACAAAACUGUUGUCGCCAAAAACUUUGGUUCUUAAUAUAUAGUGCCGGAGAUUACUUUCAUGGUAAUUUUUACCAAUUACAUCAUAUUGUAACAAUUGGGGUGCGGCAUAUAACUAGGGCGUUAAAGUAUUAAU